AUGGAAAUGGUUCAAGAUGGUCAUGUUGGCAUAGGCGAGCAAGUAGCUACUUUCUUAAUCAUAUUAUCUCCCCAUACCAAAAAUUGCAGCGUACAAGUUAGGUUCUAUAGGUCUGGUGAAACUAUUAGCAGGUAUUUUCAAAAGGUAUUGUGUUCGGUUUUCCGUGUCCAAAGUAUCUUAUUUGCAAAGGCAGACCCUGUACCGGAAGAUUGUGUAGAUCCCAGAUGGAAAUGGUUCAAGGGUUGUCUAGGAGCAUUAGAUGGAACUUACAUAGAUGUCACAGUCCCGAAGAGUGAUAAAUCUAGAUAUCGGACGAGAAAAUCUAGAAUAUCCACCAAUGUCUUAGGAGUUUGCAAUCGGAACAUGAAUUUUGUCUAUGUCCUUAGCAGUUGGGAAGGAUCGGUAUCUGAUUCAAGGGUACUUAGGGAUGCUAUUACUCGAUGUAAUGGCUUGAAAAUACCUAUUGGUAUGUCUAAAUUAAUCUUUUGAAAAGAAUAAUAGCUAUUGUUUAUGAGAAUUACAAUGUAUUUCUUAUAUUUUUCCAUCCUUCCGUUUUAGGGUGUUAUUACUUAGUGGAUGUU